AUGGCAGAUGCUUUAGAUGCUAGAGCAGUGACAAAUUGCACAAUAUUGGCUGUGAAUCGCUUCCCCUGGUCAGCUCCCCUGCUGUACAAUGAGUCGUCAAUCUCCUCACUCAAUAUCACGACAAUCUUCGGAUUGCUCCAGGAUAUGAUAGACAUCAGUCGCCAGGAUGAUCCGCAAGAGGAUUCAGUCAGACUCUUCGUGAAGGAGUGCUUCCGCUCUGCGACACAGGCCUAUGAAUUACCCUGGGAACAGAAGGCGAUUUGGGGCGUAAUCUUCGGUGCGAUGCUAUUCAUUGCCAUUACUGGAAAUUGCAUAGUUUUGUGGAUUGUUCUCGCACAUCGCCGAAUGCGAACGGUCACAAAUUACUUUCUGCUUAACUUGAGUGUUGCCGAUCUCCUCAUGUCUUCACUCAACUGUGUCUUCAACUUCAUCUUCAUGCUCAACUCCGAUUGGCCUUUCGGACCUGUUUACUGUACCAUCAACAACUUCAUCGCCAAUGUGUCCGUCGCCGCAUCCGUCUUCACACUCGUCGCCAUCUCCUUUGACAGAUAUAUCGCCAUCGUGAGACCCCUUCGGCAUCGGACAUCCCGCAAGAAGGCAAGAAUAUUCCUGCUGAUUAUCUGGGCACUCAGUGGGAUUCUCGCCUCGCCGUGUCUUCUCUACUCCACCACCGAAACAAUGAGAUACAACGGGAAGACUCGAACGCAGUGCUAUAUGAUAUGGCCCGAUGGGAGUUAUCCCACAUCAAUGGCAGAUUAUAUAUACAAUUUGGUAUUCCUCACCCUCACCUACGGGAUUCCCAUGCUCAUCAUGAUCGUGUGCUACUCGCUCAUGGGCAAGGAGCUGUGGGGGAGUCGCUCCAUCGGGGAGCACACGGAGCGCCAGUUGGAGUCGAUGAAGUCGAAGAAGAAGGUUGUUCGGAUGUUUAUUAUAAUUGUGACAAUAUUCGCCAUCUGCUGGCUGCCCUACCAGCUCUUCUUCGUCUACGCUUACCACAAUAAGCAGGUGACGAGCAAGAUACACGCCCAGCAAAUGUACCUGGCCUUCUACUGGCUGGCCAUGUCCAACGCGAUGGUCAAUCCGCUCAUCUACUACUGGAUGAACGGCCGCUUCCGCGUCUACUUCCAGGAGAUCAUCUGCUACUGCUGCCUUCGCGUGUGGAAGGCGCACAACAAGGGCGCCGACAAUGUUCCCGGCAUCCUCGGCCGGCGCAAUUCACAAUCCGACUUUGCCCGUACGAAAUCCUGUCGACCCAAAUCCGUCUCCAUGCAGUGGCAUCAAACAAUGCCGGCAAAUAUUCGGGCAAGACACUUGAAUCCCAGCGGAAACCAGCAAGCCAGCCCCAAGUGUAAUUCCACUGUCACCACCCACAUGGACGUGCCGCUGGGCGCCAACCACUUUGAGACGCGCGAGGCGCGAAGAAUUCAGCCGAGCAACGAACAAUCCCACCCCCUGACAGAGGCCCACAUGUAUCCGAACGGAUGCUCUGAGUAUUCCUGACACCCUCAGUAUGACUGAAAUUAUCUGAACGGCGGAAGCCACAAGCGCGUCGAGGAAGUGGCGGAGAGUGAGGAGGAGGAGAAUGAUACCCUCCACGAGGGCAGAAGCUCAAUUUGCCUCAGCACCUUUCCCAAGGCGGUGCUGCCACGAGAUGCAACUGACGAGAUGUUCUCAACGCCAUUCCCAUUGCAUCGAACGACGCCGUACAAGAGUACGCUUGUCUAGCGGCGAAAGAGCAACGUAACGAGCUUUUGCCUCAUCCCAGAAGAAGCUUUGCCAGUCAAGGAGCGGCAAAGAGUGAUUUAGAGCAGGAUAUACCAACACAUGUUGCAUGCAGCGCAAACAUCUUCCCGCAAAAUUGCUGCAAUAUUUGUGUAUACACAGUAAUUGGACACGGAAAGAGUCAGACAACUAUGUAUACGGCUGAAAUUAGCAUCACUCAAUUCUUCGGGUGAGUUUCUGUUUCAUCUCUGAAAAAAAAACCUCUCCUUUGGAAAUAAAUUUGUUCCCAACUUUGGGGAGUAAUCUUACUUCUUCUCUGUACUAAAGAGAGCCUCGAAAAGACUGGUUAGUUCAUUAAAAAGUUGUACAUUACAUGAGAGGACACUCAAUUGUAAAGACUCGUGUGAGAGAGAGUUCUAUCGUAGGUUUAGGAGUUAAAGUGUAUAAAUUAAAAUUAUAUGA